AUGUCAAAAUUAUUUACCCAGCAAGAGGUUGCCAAGCAUAAUUCUAGUAAAUCAUUAUGGGUAGUCUUUAAUGAUAGGGUGUAUGACAUAACAGAGUUUGCCAAGGAUCAUCCUGGAGGGGAUGAUUUCCUUUUGCAAUUUGCAGGCAAAGAUAUUACUGAGGUCAUGUCAGAUAAAGAUUACCAUGAACACUCUGAGGCAUCCUUUGAAAUACUUCAAGAUUACAUGAUUGGUAGAAUGGAUAACAAGGCUUGUACUCGACGUUUAGAAGGACAACGUGCGAGCCUCCAUCGUAAAAGGAUUGCAUUAUUGGAGAAGGAGAUCGAAUACAAGACGUUUACAGAGGACAACUUUCAUCCCUCUUUAACAGACGCACACGUCGAUAUCAAGACGAAUCAAUUCCUUGAUCUUAAUAAGCCGCUGGUUCCGCAGAUGAUAACGAUGAAGUUUACUAGAGAGCAUUAUCUUGAGCAAGUACACAAGCCUCGGUAUUUGAAUCGACCUGCCAAUUUUUUUGGUCAUCCGCUCCUCGAACCAUUCUCAAAGACGUACUGGUGGGUAGUACCUUUAGUCUGGCUACCUUAUGUCGUCUAUAACAUACAUCAUUCACUUUUAAUGAACCAGCAUAAUACCAUGACAACCGGAAGCUUAUUCUUACUCGGCGUCUUUAUAUGGACUUUCUUAGAAUAUGCAUUGCACAGAUUCCUAUUUCAUUAUGACGAUAGAAUGCCAGAGAAUCAAUUCAUGUUUUUAUUGCAUUUUGUACUUCAUGGGUUUCACCAUUACUUACCAAUGGACAGAGCAAGGCUUGUCGUGCCUCCCGCGCUUCUUGUUGUCCUUGCUUAUCCAUGGAUCACUUUAGCACAUAUACUCUUUCCAUCCUCUGCGGCUUUUGCAAUUGUUGCAGGAGGCAUGUUUGGUUAUGUCUGCUAUGAUAUGACACAUUACUACGUCCAUCAUGCAAAGGUAAUUCCCUUUCACUUUAAGGAAAUGAAAAAGUAUCACUUGGCACAUCAUUACAAAGACUUUGAAGCUGGUUAUGGCAUUACAUCCAAGUUUUGGGAUUAUGUGUUUAAUACAGUCUUGGCAUAUUAAAUACGCCUAGGCUAAUAAUAUGUGUAUAAAAUUAUACUAAAGAUUUAAUAAACUAAUAUAAAGAAUAAACGCAUUGUAAAGAUAAAGCCUAUAGAAUGCUGUUUCAUCGAGAUAUAACG